GACCAGCUCUGAAAAGCAUGGGGUACACUGCUGAAGUGCUAUUACGGACAUCACGGGGAAGAGCCUGGUCCAGAAGUCCCUGGGUAACAACCUUUCAUCUGGGCUCCCUCAGGCAGGCAGGGGUUUGUUUCUCUUCUCACUCUUGGCUCAGCCGAAAGGAAGUGGAGCAGGAGCCAAUCAGCGAUGAAGGGGCGGCUGCACGAACCGUCCAAUCAGGUGGGCCGAGAUAGCAGGGCUCUUCCGGUGUCAUGGCGCCAAACUGAUGCGAGUCUCCCAGCUGGCCAGGCCGCUUUCUUCGGGGACUUCUGCCGGCGGCGGGCUGCGCGGAAGGACCCUGGGCGACCCUCACGCCACGCAAUGGAGGCAGUGACCUUUGAGGAUGUGACCGUGACCUUCACCAUGGAGGAGUGGGCUUUGCUAAACGCAUCCCAAAAGCAGCUGUACAGAGAUGUGAUGCGGGAAACCUUUAGGAACAUGGCUGCUAUAGGAGGAAACUGGGAGAACCAACAAAAUGAAGAAGAGUACAAAAAUUUAUGGAGAAAUCUAAGAAAUGAAGAGGUAGAGAAAAGCUGUCGAUACAAAGCUUGGAGCCAACAUGAUGAAUACAAGAAAGUAUUCAGAACACACAGUCAUCAGACACAUAGAAGAAGUCACACCGAGAAGAAGACCUUUGUAUGUAAGCAUUGUGAGAAAAUUUUCCGUACACACAGUCUUUGUCAAAUACAUGAAAGAAGGCACACUGGGGGUAAACCCUAUGUAUGUAAGCAAUGUGGGAAAGCUUUAGCCACACAAGGUCACUGUCAAAGACAUGAAAGAGCUCACACUGGGGAUAGGAGACUUUUUGUAUGUAAGCAAUGUGGGGCAGCUUUUAGUGCACACAGUCUUUACCAAAGACAUGAAAGAAUUCAUACUAGGGAGAAACCCUAUGCAUGUGAGCAAUGUGGGAAAGCCUUUACUGCUAGAGGUUCAUUGAGUAGACAUAAAAGAAUUCACACAGGGGUGAAACCCUAUGCAUGUGAGCAAUGUGGGAAAGCAUUCAGUACACAAAGUUAUUGUCAAAUACAUAAAAGAAUUCAUAAAGGGGAAAAACCUUAUGUAUGUAAGCAAUGUGGAAGAGCUUUUAUUACUAGCAGUUCCUUGUAUAGACAUGAAAGAAGUCACACUGGGGAGAAACCCUUUGUAUGUAAGCAGUGUGGGAAAGCAUUCAGUAGACAAAGUCAUUGUCAAACCCAUGAAGAAGGUCACAAAGGGGAAAAGCCUUAUGUAUGUAAAAAAUGUGGGAAAGCAUUCAGUACAAACAAGUAUUGUCAAAUACAUGAAAGAAAUCAUACUGGGGAAAAACCCUAUAUAUGUAAACAGUGUGGGAAGGCUUUCAGUACAAACAAGUAUCGUCAAAUACAUGAAAGGACUCACACUGGGGAAAAACCCUAUACAUGUAAACAAUGUGGGAAAGCAUUCAGUACAAGCAAGUAUUGUAAAACACAUGAAAGAACUCACACCGGGAGAAAACUAUGUGUAUAAGUAAUGUGGAAAAUCAUUCAGAACCCAAAAAUAUUUUUGAAAACAUGAAACAAGUCACGCUGUGGAGAAGCCAUAUGUAUGUAAGCAUAUUUUGCAAAUCCUGUGAAAGUGUCUCAUGUAUUGUUGCCUGUAGAAACAAAGUAAUAUGAAAAGCUUGAUGUCAAAUAUUUGUGUAGAGUGCCCCAGAAAAUACACACCAGAAAGAGAUAUUCUAUAGUGCUUUUCAGUAACUCACUUGCUAUGUAAAUCUCUGAAUUAUGUAUCUGUAGAGUUUUUGUUAAAAAUAAAUAUGGAGGGCUGGGGAUUUAGCUCAGUGGUUCCUGUGCCUGCUGUGCAGGCACAAGGUCCUGAGUUCGAUCCCCAGUACCAAAAAAAAAGAAAAUGAAUAUGGAGCUGAUAUGCUGCUGUAAGCAAUACUCUCAGAGCUUGAUAUGUAGUUCCUUUUAAUCAAAUUAUAUAAUCACUUUUUUCUUCUUUAUUUUAGGGUAUAUUCAACCCAUAGAUGAAAUGUAUUAUUUACUGGCCAGUAGGUUUAGUAUUUAUAUAGUUUUUGUUGGAGGGUUUUUGUGUGUUUAUUUUACAAAUUGGGAGGUAAUGACAACUAAAAUUUUUUCCGAUAAUUAUUCAUGUUUUUCCACUAGCUUAUAUUUAAAUUCUAGAUGCAUAUACUCCAUCAUCUGUAUAACAAAAAAUAUUACUGAAUUGAAUGCUGUAUUUUAUAUUAAAAUAUAUGUUUUUAGA